UGUGGCACCUUCCCUCAGGGGGUCGGUGCUCCGGGUGCCCCCCUCUGUCUGUGGUGCCGUUUAUGUAACGAGUGCCCUCCCGGCAGGCGGUGCCUCCCGGGGCGCUGCGCUCUCGGGGCGCUGCCUGCAGUGCUGCGUGCGGGCGGUAAAACCCUGUCUUUCCGUUGAAGAACCGGGGUUAAAAUGAGCGAAGAGCCGACGGUCAAUGCGAGCUGGCUGCCUCAGGACCGCGUAGAAGCCGGCUCUACCGAGAAUGCCUCGGGCUCCUCCCUGGUUCCCGCGGUAGAGCCGGAGCCAGAGCUGUGGGUGAACCCCUGGGACAUUGUCCUGUGCACCUCGGGGACCCUUAUCUCCUGCGAGAAUGCCGUGGUGGUGCUUAUCAUUUUCCAUAACCCCAGCCUCCGCGCGCCCAUGUUCCUGCUGAUAGGCAGCCUGGCGCUGGCGGACCUCCUGGCGGGGAUCGGACUGAUCGUCAAUUUCGUGUUCGCGUACCUGCUGCGCUCGGAAGCCACCAAACUGGUGACGGUUGGACUGAUUGUGGCCUCUUUCUCCGCGUCCGUUGGCAGCUUGCUGGCUAUCACUGUCGAUCGGUACCUCUCCCUGUAUUACGCUUUGACUUACAAUUCGGAGAGGACUGUCACUUUUACCUAUGUCAUGCUUGUACUGCUGUGGGGAGCAGCGAUCUGUAUUGGACUGCUGCCUGUGAUGGGCUGGAACUGCCUCAGAGAUGAAUCCACCUGCAGUGUUAUCAGACCGCUCACUAAAAAUAACGCGGCGGUCCUCUCGGUCUCCUUCUUGCUUAUGUUUGCCCUCAUGCUGCAGCUCUACAUUCAGAUCUGUAAAAUCGUGAUGCGCCAUGCCCAUCAGAUUGCCUUGCAGCACCAUUUCCUGGCCACUUCCCACUAUGUGACCACCCGAAAAGGAGUGUCUACUUUGGCCAUUAUUUUGGGGACUUUUGCGGCUUGCUGGAUGCCUUUUACGCUCUAUUCUUUAAUAGCAGAUUACACCUAUCCUUCUAUAUACACCUAUGCCACCCUCCUGCCUGCUACCUACAAUUCCAUCAUCAAUCCUGUAAUAUACGCUUUUAGAAACCAAGAGAUACAGAAAGCGCUGUGGCUUGUCUGCUGUGGCUGCAUUCCUUCUAACCUGUCUCAGAGAGCGAGAUCACCCAGCGAUGUCUGACUGGCGGCCAGCAGGACACUCCUUAACACCUUCUUUCCCAGCCAUCCCUGUGACCGUGUCUUUGGUUUAGAUGCAUUCAUUAAGCGGCGUGUAGUGGGUUCUGAUCAGAGCCACAGGACGUGCUGACCUUUUGUGAACAGCAAACCCCAGUGACCAAAAUGAAGCAAAUGGUUUAAAAGGGAGAUUUCCAAAAUCAAAAUAAUCGGUGUUCUUACAGAUUUAUGAUGUUGCUCAGGGUCUUUUUGUUAUAAAUAUAUAACCUAGACUUUGCCAUGCUUGCCACGAUUUUACAUUAAGUUUGUUAAUUAAAAAUGGAUUUAAACAGCAUACCUCAUUUGAAAUUGUUUAUGUGAUUGAGUUCAGCCAUACUGCAUGUUACAGUCUGUUGUCAGGAUAUGUUUCCCCUCUUAAUUUUUAUUAAAACAGCAGGAAAAAAAUAAAAGAAGGAAAAAACCACUGCCCUGUUCCCACAACCCCAUUUUUAUAUCAUGAGAAUGCUCUUCAAAAUAAUGGCCAAUUGUACUGAUUUAUCUAGUAUUUAUUGUGAUAAUCUCAGUGCAGUGAAUUUGCUGUGAGUGAGGAAGUACUUGCAUAGCUUUUAUUUUACAUCUCUGCAUGAAUUAGGUUGAUCGUUAUUUUUAUGGAGUUCCAUUUCUCUACCGAGUUCUGGCUGGAUAUUGAAACAGAAGAUAGGCUUUGCCUUCCUACUCAGAAGGCAGGCUGAUGUUUUCUCUUAGAUGUGGGACAUCAGGUCUCAUUACAUUAUUAACUUUAAAAGAACUCACUGGGGAGUUUCGAAGUUGAUGAAUCAACAUGGUCUCUUCUGGCUGCAUUUGUAACAGUUGCAACACUUUGAAGUGUCUCAGACAAGUUUUGUUUUUCUGUAGUGAAAUAUCAAAUGGAAUAACCUAAUAUUUCGGAUCUACAUGAAAUGCUUCCACUUAAGUUUGUUACUAAGUCAAAACGAUUGCCACACGGUUUCACUAUUCUGCUGUAAUUUAAAAUGUAGAAAUUUAUAAAUUCUCAGAGCGUAUCUGGUUCAUAAUUAUAUGCAACCAGAACUGCAACAUGAAUCAAAAUUUUCUCCCUUUCUGGCAGUUUUGUCCGUUACAGAUUGGGGUUCUUCUCACUGUAUGCAUGUCAGUUCUCUUCAUUAUAAGGUAAUAGCUCUGGUCUAAAAAGCAGAGCUUCCUCUCAUGAAUGGUUAAGUUUAAAAGCUAUUUCUUACCUUUUACUGGAGCCACAUUAGAAUGCAAUAGAAAUAAAACAUUGCUUUCUAAUUUCAAGACUUGAUUGUCAGAGAGGAAACCUUUCUGGGAGAUUUAUGAAGUUCGUUGUCUAUUCCAAUGUCAGUGCAUAGGAGUUCACAGUACCCCUUGCACUGGCAUUAAUGGGAGCUCCAUGUGUUAAUGCCCUGACAUCAGUAGGAGGUUAUGUUCCCUUGAAUGUCGCAGUCGGCAUACUGUAUUGUUGCUUCAGUGUCUUCAAUUGCAGUUAAAACGAAAAAUCUCGAGUGUAAAAUCAGCAAUAUUUACAGUUCAAUGAAAUAAUAUACCUGUGUAGUAUAAAUAGUAGAGACAACUGUGUUGCUGGUCUGGAUUUUUCCAAACAGAACCUGUCCUUUUCAUGUGGAUGUUUGGAUGACUGUAGCUUUUUGUGGCAGAGUUUCUGUGACGUUAAGAAUCAUAUGCUGUACGCAGUGCUGAAUCUCAAAUGUGAAUGAAUUGUCUACAAACAAGGCUCUGUAGAGGUUUUAUGAGCAAUAAUUAAGUUGCAACGCUGGGUUCAAAUUCCAUUAUCUACCUGCUUCAACCUUCACGAUAUUUGGCUCUUUCUUUGUAAGCUGAUUAGUUUGCUAAUUGUGUGGCAUGGUCUGGUAGAGCUGUGAACUUGCAGCUCCCAUGGCUUCACUGCCAUUUACAGAUUCUCAGCACAGUCAGAAUGUGGUCCCUACUCUGUGUAGGGUGUUGGGGUUCUUUAUCUGCUUAGAAAUGCUCAUCAUUGUCAGGUUCCUAUUUUAUUACAGACUUUUGUAGAAGAAAUAAUCAGGUUAUAAAUAUCCACACUAUGUAUGUGUGUGGUUUUGCAAGCAUGCAAAGUACUGAGGUUAUACAGUGGUAGAAGGCAUGAACUGAAGAAUGUAGAGAGGCUGAAUAAUGUAGAGUGGCACUUCUUAAGACGACAGCUGAGAUACGUUAAAGCGAUACAAAGUCUAGCCCCCUCCUUUUGCUGUUUUCUUUUUCUUUUUGUUCCUCUGAAUCAAACUGCUGAGGAAGUGUCGUGAGGAUGAGCAGCUACAACUGUGACCGUAAUUCAGUCCCUAGGGCAGCUGUUCUGCUGUUUAAGCAGACCUGUUCUCAUCUCCUCACAUUGCCUUGCAGGCACGAGUGUUUUUCUCCCUGCAACACCUGGGUGGCAGGGAAGCUAGGAAAAAAAGAAAAACAGCACAGAGGGAAAUAAUAUCAUUUCCUUUUUAACACUGCUCCUUGUCAUCUUCCUCACUCCACAGGCUGCUUAAGUCCUCCAUGGCUUUUAAUGCAGUCAGGGGAGCCGACCUUUUCCCUGGGCCAGAGCAGAGAGAUCUGUGAUUGGAAGCUCCUCUCCUCAGGAAUGGUUCGAGUCAAAAAAAAGGAGAGAAGGAUUAAUUAUAGAAGUUACCAAAAAGGAAAUGGCUCACAGGGGCAUGAUUUGCCCUCAUUUGAUGAGUAACUCAUUUACCUUUCACCACAGACAGAAGCUAACUGCUACCUGGCAACUGUCCUGAUAACCCUGAGUGCCCACAAGUCAGUUUCAAAGCUUCGCAGCGUGAGGAGAGGGACCAGAGUGGUUGCCAGUACAAAGCAUCUGACAGAACAGCUCUGUUCUAUCUGCACAUCAGCUGUAGACAGAUCAAGUCCUGUGUGAGUGAGAACAGUGCCAGGAGCUGUGGCCAGCAUUUCGUUGGGUCAUUCUACUGCCAGAAGGCAACAUCAGCCAGCCUGUCCCACAGAGUUCCCACGUUAAGAGUUAAAGAAUAUUGAGAACACUAAAGUGCUGCUGGCCAGCUAUUCUGGAAGUGAUAUCAGUGUUACGCUUCUUGGGGAAGAUGAAGGAUGCAGCAGGACCUGUGGAAGAAAUAAAGGAUAACAUUAAAUAUC